CUAUCUGUGUUAAUAAUUCUUAAUCAAUACUCGAUGGUUGGAUGGCCGGUUUGAUUUUUUCCAUUUUCGUUUAAUAAUUAAGAAAAUCCCUUGGAAUAUGAGUUACUUAGGCUUGAUUUCGCCGUUCUGCAGAUUAUCGGUGGCCGGUGGAGCCGCGGGCUCAAUCAGAACGAUAACAACGAAUCUAAGUCCUUUGUUUUUCAAAGCGACAAACGUGCUGCUAGCCGAGCCGUUGAAAAAGAAGAAGAAGUUGGAUCCAUUAAUAGUAAAACAGCGCGAAGAGAAGCGUAAAAAAAGGCUUGAGAAGAUGAUCAAACGGAUGGAAAAAAGUGCUGUGCAAUACAAACCGAUCGAGGAAUGCGACGUACCGAUGAAACUCAUUGAUGAAAAAGAGCAACGCACGAGACACUUGCCGCCAAUCUCAGAUGAAACAACGGAUGAAAGAGAGUUGCUAAAGAAAGCCUGGUCCCUGUACAAACUCCGCCAACACUAUAAGCUCAUGAGUAUGGUCGACCGAGUCUUGGGGUCUCACCGAAAAGCACUCGACGAGCUAAAGCUGGAGUCUGAAGAACUUUAUUUGGAAGCAAUACAAGUGGAUCUCAACCUGGUCCCCUAUUCGUCCAGAGGUCCAGUUUCAACUCCCCCGAUAAACAAUUACCCAAGUCCAGACGGCGAGUAUCAGGAUGUUUCAAAACUCUGGGGUUGAGAUGCCUGACAUGUUAGAUGCUUAAUUUAUCGCAAGUACCUUCUCUAUUGUACUCCGCUAGCGACUGUUGUAUCAUAAUAAAUGGUUGGAAGAGUA